AUGUUGUUGCUCGACUACCAAAACGUCUUGAUUGAGUCGCUGCUCAAGGACCGCUUCUCUGGCGCUACCCCCACUUCAAUUGACCAGAUUGUCUCUGAUUUCGACGGCGUCACCUUCCACAUCUCAACCCCCACAUCAAAGACAAAGAUCCUCAUCUCCAUCAACAUCAAAUGCUACCACGAGCUCAUCAAGUAUGGCGCCGAGCAGGUCCUCCAGCGUGAAUACGACGGCUACAUUGUUUCACCCGAGUCUGGCUACGACUUUUCCGUCGAGAUCGACCUCGAGAACCUCCCUCAAGACGAACAAGCCCGCACCGACCUCAUCUCCCGCCUGAGUCUGCUGAAGCGCAACGCCAUGGCCGCUCCCUUUGAGCAGGCUUUUGACGAGUACCAAGCUCUACACGAGGAGGCUUCCAAAUACACUUCUGAAUCCGCUCCCCAGGGUGUCCUUGAGGGCGGCCAGGUCAGAGCUAUUCACUAUCGCGAGGAGGAGGCCAUCUACGUCAAGGCCAGUCACGACCGUGUCACUGUCAUUUUCAGCACAAUCUUCCGCGAGGAAACAGAUCGUAUCUUUGGAAAGGUUUUCCUGCAGGAGUUCGUUGAUGCCCGUCGCAGAGCUAUUCAGAACGCUCCUCAAGUCCUCUUCCGUCACGACCCGCCUCUGGAGUUGCAGGGCAUGGCUGGUCUGCCUCCCUCCGGCACCGCUGACGUCGGCUACGUUACUUUCGUUCUGUUCCCUCGCCAUCUUCAGCCCGCAAGAAGAUACGAGGUCAUUUCCCACAUCCAGACUUUCCGCGAUUACUUCCACUACCACAUCAAGGCUUCAAAAGCCUACAUCCACUCGAGAAUGCGCAGACGAACUGCCGACUUCCUUCAAGUCCUUCGUCGUGCAAGACCAGAGGCCGAGGAAAAGGAGCGCAAGACAGCCAGUGGCAGAACCUUCAGAGUUCAGGCAUAG